GCUCCCUCCGCUUCGGGGGCCUCGUGCCGCUUACCGUCGCUGGCGGUGCCGUUGGUGGCGCGGCAGGCAGCCUGCCGGGCGGCUUCGGCGGUGUCGCACUCGGCGCGGGGCCGUCUCCUUCGCCCACGCGGUUGGCGGUGGCCCAGGGCUUUGGUGGCAUACCGCUGGCGGCGCGAGGUGACCAGCGGCUCGGCCUCAGCCCUGGAGCAUGCGGCGAAGACAUGCUGCUGGACAUGAGUGGAGGUGCCGUGGGCACCGUCGGGCACCAGGUGCCGAGCGCCUGGCACGGCCACGUGGACGGCUGCUUCGUGGAGGUGCUGUCCUGGGGCACGAGCGCGCCCCAGCUCGCCCCCCCGCUGCGGUGCAGCUUCGGCGCGGUGGAUGGGUCGGUGCUGCACCUCGACUCCCACCCUGCCGCCCAGUGCACCGCCGUGGUGCAACGGCUGCAGCGGUUGGUGAUUCAGCUCGAGACGUACCGCAUACGUGCGUUGCGAGGCGUCCUGGAGCCGUGGCUGCAGGCGGGAGGUCGCUUCGCCGCUGUGGGAGCGGGAGGCCUGUGUGGCGCGACCACGGGACUGGGGUCAGCUGGCUUGGCGUCGGGCAGAGACGAGGAGGACGGCCCCCCCCCGCGACGAGUUGGCGGUGAUGGUCAUCGAGCUGUGGAGGCGCCAAAAGCAGAAGAGGACGAUUGGCGAGUCUCGGGCAGCUCGCGCGGAGACGGUUUUUGCGGGCAAGCGGGUUGGGAGGGGCGAGAAUAA